UAUGACGAUAAAGAUGUAAUUCUUGCAAAUCACGCAAAUUUCUUCGGACUUUUGGUUUGUCCGUGUCUGCUGACCAAAGAAUCUUAUCGUUAGAAAACAAUGAAACAUAUUUUUAGCCACAUGAGACAGAACACACGAAAUAGAAAAUGAUGCAACUUGGGAACCACAAGAGUGGGCGUGGUCAACUGUUGAGACUAACGUAUACAUUUUGCACAGCAGCAAGCACAGGGCACGUCGGCCACGUAACUGUUUUACUGCUGCUUGUUGUAGUGUUCCAGAAGCUUUCUUCAUUGCAUAGUCUGGGCGCUGAUGGAGCAAACAGUUGUGUCUAUUGGUAGAACGGGUGCUUGAAAGUCGGCGUGUGCCAACACUCUUGCUCCUAGCGUUCUCUUUCCCGAGAGCGACCAGUCGGUAAGCGAGACGAAGUUCAUCGACACCCACGCGAUCGACGUCGACAGAGCAACUGGCCGGUAUCGUAUAAAAAUCGCAGACACAAUAGAAAUGGGAGACACAGAUCUGAAACACGAGGACGUACUGCGCCGUCUGGCUGUUGCUUGCCAGGAAUGUCGAGAAGAAAUCAACGCUGUCUUCUUCGCCACCGAAGGAAGGUUUACUGAAAGAGAAGCAGACGCGUGGGACAUCAUUUGGAAGGUGCUCUUCAAUCCUAAAGUUAUCAAUCACACCACCAUCGUUCGCACAAGAUUUGCAAAGUUCAAAGAUCCCGAUGUCGUAAAGAACGAUUGCGAUAAGUUGAGAGUUCAAAAAGGUGCGGUAAACAGAAUAAUGGAAAACGUCAUAAAGUCGAUAAUCCACCUCAAAAAUAACCAGGUUGGAUGGAAACGAGAGCAAAUCACGUGACGUUUUAGUAAAUCAUCUCGCCGGUUGCGAAGCUGUUUACAAACCUCCGGAGCUGGAUGAAGUCAACGAGCGCAUUGCCGAGCAAGUCGAGAAGAAACAAGCUUCAGACAGUAGAUUAGAGAAAAUGGAAAAGAAAUUAGCGAGGCACGUGAGCAGCUAGAAGAGACGAGAGUGCAGCUGCGCUUACAGCUUGCACAAGAAAAAGAGAGAUCGGCUGAGGUUGAACUACGACUAGAACGGGAGAUGAACGAGAUUCUUAUGAAGCGAGCAAAAGCAACGGAAGACAAGCAAGAUACAGACAUAGUAGAGACAGCCGUGAGAGCUGCUGGAGAUUGGGUUGUAAACAGUAUUCGCAGUUGUACUCUUAUGUGACGUUAAUUCUUGUUUAUGUAAUACGUGUACGCGGAGAUAGUGGCUUCAUAUAUGGUUUGUUUAGAAGACUAUACAUAACUAUUCGUUUUGUUGAAUUAGACCUCUUAACGGUUACUGCAUGUGUGCCAUUUAAUUACAAUACUUACUUUAGCUUUAAUGCUUCUUUCUGGUAUGUUCACAUCUACUUUGUCAUCGUAUUGUUUAAUGUAGUAUACAUUAUCAUAAUUUAUGUGAGUGUACAUUGCCAAUGUAGUAGACAUUAUCAUAAUUUAUGUGAGAGUACACGAUCAAAUGUUAAUUGUUAACACCUUAAACCAAUCGAAUUAGCAUUUAUGUCUUCAAACCAGACAAUACAUGUAUAUAUUAUAGCUUUCUUAGGGAGUCGUUAGAGUAAGCACUUUCAGUCUGUGGCAAUGGCCGAGCAGCAAAGUCAGGACAACCGGCGCACGGUCGUGCUGAUCGGUAGGACUGGAAAUGGGAAGUCAACCUGCGCCAAUGUCAUCGCGGGUUGUGACAGUGACGAUCCCGAACAACAGCUCUUCAGAGAGAGCGAGACAGCCGCUAGCAAAACCAAAGACAUUCACCAAGAUAUGAUUAAAAUCGAGUGGGAAGGAGAAACCUAUGACGUGACCAUAGUCGAUACAGUUGGGCUCGGAGAUACCUCGUUGUCUCAUGAGCAAGUGCUGAAACGUCUAGCAAAAGUUUGUUAUACGUGCAAGGAAGGAUUGAACGCUGUCUUCUUUGUAGUUAAAGAUAGACUGACAAAGGAAGAAGCCGACACGUGGGAUAUUAUUUGGAAAGUUCUCUUUACUGCAGAAAUCUGCAAAUGGACGACAGUGGUCAGAACCAAUUUUCCCACAUUCAUGAUGCCCGAGCGAGUUUCUGCUGAUAUGACUGCUUUGAAACAAGACGAACCAGGCCGCAGAGUCACGUCAAUGGUGAAGAGCGUCAUUCACAUCGACAACCCACCGUUGAUUUACCCAUACGGACGAGAAGCACGCGCCAAGUCACGAGAGACGCUGCUAGCAAAAAUUGCUCUCUCUGACCAAGUAUACAAGCCGCCGGAGCUAGAUGAUGUAAAUAAGCGGAUCUCGCGUUACAUGGAAGAACAGGCUGAUGCAGAAAAGAAAAUAGAAAAGUUGUUGAAGGAUUUGGAAAAGGAGCGAGACGAACUCGUAAAAGCUCGAAUCCAAGCAGCGGUUAGCGAAGAAAGAGCAAGAUCAGCUAGAGCAGAAACUGAAGUACUCCGUCAAAUGAAUGCUAUGGUCACAGAACGUCAAAGCCAACUAAUUGAGCUGCUCCGUGCAACAAAUGCUCAAGUCCGCACACAACGAUCCGAUCCUUAUACAAUAACCUUCAGCUGCACAAUUAUGUAAGAAACAAUGCAUGCACUUGCAAGCGUUGUACAUGACAUUUUGUAUUUGAAAUAUUACGUGUGUUGUUUGUGUUCUAAGCGUUGCGACAGACUAUUG